UCCGUAAAACACUCAUUUUUCGAAUUAAAAAAAAUAGAAAAACAAAUCAGUUUGGGUCAUUUGUGAUCUUGUUUCAACCGAAAAGGGCAUUCCAGCCAUUGAUUCAGAAGAGCCACACAUUCACGCUUCGCUCCUCCAUGGCCGUUGUACUUUCCUACUGCAAACCUUCUUCGUUUCCUCUUCGUCGUUUCCAUCGUCACUCCGGAAAUUCGUGGAAGAGAGAAAAUGUCCGGAGCUCAAGACGAGCAUCCACAGUGACUGCUAUGUUCUGGAGAUCAAACAAGUCUCCAGAAGUGCGAGAAUUCGAUGUUUCACUUGCGAGUUAUCCUCUAACUGGAUCAGGCAUCGAGGAAGAUUCGAGGAAAAAUGUCAUUUCACUUUCAGUUGUUUCUUCAAUAUCGAAGAUACAGCCAUCUGAAUGGGAUGCUUGUGCUUUGGACUCUUCACAACCUGAAAGCUAUAAUCCGUUUCUGACGCAUGGGUUUCUUUCAAGUUUAGAAGAGACAGGAUGUGCCAUUCGGGAAACAGGUUGGUUGCCAUUACAUAUUGUUGCAAAGGAUGAAUCCGAAAAUGUUUUGGGCGUUUCUCCACUUUAUCUCAAAAGCCAUUCGUACGGUGAAUUUGUUUUUGAUCACUCUUGGGCUGAUGCAUACCGUAGUUUUGGGGGAAGAUACUAUCCUAAACUCCAGUGUUGUGUUCCUUUCACACCAGUUUCUGGCCCUAGGAUCCUGGUCCAUGAUGGUCCUUGUAAAGACCAAGUUUUCGAUGCUAUUGUUUCUGCCAUGACAGAACUAGCGGCUAAGUUACAAGUUUCAUCUUUGCACAUUACAUUUCCUUCUGGAGCUGAAUGGAACAAAUUGAAGGAGAAAGGCUUCUCGCAGAGGAUUGGGAUGCAGUACCACUGGAAGAAUCGUGGCUAUAAAAAUUUUGAUGAGUUCUUGAUGGACAUGAAGCAGAGCAAAAGGAAAAAUAUCCGGCAGGAGCGCAAAAAGAUUGGUACGCAGAAUUUGAAAAUGAGACGGCUACGAGGGGAUGAUAUAAAGGCUAGGCACUGGGAUUCCUUCUAUGAUUUCUACAGGAACACAACUGAUAACAAAUGGGGCACACCUUAUCUAACAAGGGAGUUCUUCCACGACAUGGCAUCAAAGUUGGGAGAUGGAGUAUUACUUGUUCUUGCUGAAGAAAACGAGGAACCUGUUGCAGGAGCAUUGAAUCUUAUUGGUGGAAAUACUCUAUUUGGUCGACUAUGGGGAUGUCGUCCUGAUUCCUAUUAUCCUAGUCUCCAUUUUGAAGCGUGCUAUUACCAGGCAAUUGAAGCAGCCAUAGAGUUUAAUCUUAAAACAGUGGAAGCUGGAGCUCAGGGUGAGCAUAAGAUUAAGCGGGGCUACCUCCCAGUUAAAACAUAUAGUUGCCAUUACGUAUUCGAUGAAGGUUUCAGGCAAGCCAUAGACGAGUUUUUAGUGCGCGAAUCAAAUCAGGUGGAUUAUGUCAUCAAACUGUUGCAUGAAUCGGGACCCUUUAAAGAGACAAUAGAAUAGAUGCAUUAGCAUAGUAAACAUUCUUGUACAUCUAUUUUUUAUUCACAUGUGUUGUGUAAGUUCUAUAGGUUUAUGGACCAAUGUGCAUUUUUAAUUGGCUCAUGUUCGAUUCUGAUUUGGGAUUAAUUGCUCUAUUCCCCUCACGGUCACAGACACAGUACACCAAAUUUUUUUUUUUUUAUAUAAAAGGUUUGCACUUUUUUUGUCGGAAUAUCAAUGCACAGCACACAAU